AAACCAGGAAGUCAUGGGUUGUUUUGAGUGAAAGAAGAGGAGCAUUAUGCAUAAACCCCCGUUUUCGACCAUGUCUCUUUACAAAAACAGUUCGUUUUUGGUUUUGUUAGUACUAAAUAUUUUCGCCAAUGUGUCUAGCGACGGAGUGAACCCCACUGUUUUAGAUUCAGCGGCCAAACUGAGACAAAGCCCUGCUGCUGCGGUUACCUCUCCUGUGUUUAAUGCUGGUGCGGAUUCCAUCUUCUCCCUUAAUCUGCUGUCUUCCUUCCCUGAAGACCUGGAGAUCAGUGACUACUGCAGAGAUCUGCUUAACAUAUUUAGACAGCGUUGUGUCGCCCAUGUGAACUGCUUGGUGUCUUCUGCCCGACCUGUUAAAAUUUGCCAGAACUGUUUCUCCAGUAAUGCCAGUCUUAAUGAAAUCUACAUGAACAUAUCAGACAAGAUGGGUCCUGGUAAUGCGAGCUGCAGGGACAGCCUUCUGCGCAGUGAUCGGCUCAUGGUGGUUUAUCUGCUGUACAGCAACCUAAAGGACCUUUGGAGCAAAGCAAACUGUGACAACUGUAUCACUAAAGGAUUCCAGAGCCUGACCAACGACACGCUGUACUACAUGACCACCCUCAACCAAACUCUCGCCUGCUUUGAGAAGUAUCCGCAGCAGGGGAACUAUACAGAGCUGUGCAAAAACUGUAAGAACGGAUACAAAGAACUGAAUGAGCUGUACAGCGGCAUGGAGAAGAACGCCACUAUGUGCAUUGACAUAGAGGAUGCGAUGAAUUUGACCCGCAGACUUUGGAGUAAUUUCACUUGUUCCAUCCCCCGUGAGGAGACGGUGCCUGUCAUCGCUGUGUCCAGCUUCAUGCUCUUUCUGCCCAUCAUCUUCUACUUGAGCAGCUUCCUUCACUCUGAACAAAAGAAACGCAAGCUCAUACACCCCAAGCGGGCAAAGUCUUACACAAGUCUUGUGAACAUCCAGGACAAACUGAGCUAAAGGGGAAAUGGGUGUUGACGAACAUGGAGGAUGGCGUUCUUUUAUUCAGAGUUAUAACCUGGGAGAAGAUUUAACCCCCUCACCGUCUCGUCCCUGAGGCUUGACUGACCUCCAUGAACACAGAGGACUCAACAGAGGCGUUCCCUGUUUGCUUUCGGGACACUGCAAUAACAAUCAGUAUUCAGAGGACUUCAAGGAUCUCAAUAAAUUAAACUGAAAGUCGAAUGCUUUGGGCACAUUAAACAUUUGCUUUUAUAUCCUUAAAACUUUCUUCUCAAAAUUAUGUUGGAACAAAUGAAAAAAAUGAGCAGAAUUAAUAUAUUCAUAUUUUUAUUAACAAAAUAAACAUUAACAAACUGUA